CAUGGAAUCCGCGGGUUCAAUUGGCCUCCUUCUUCACCUGAUCUGAAUCUUAUUGAAAAAGUCUGGCGAUGGAUAAAAGAAGAACUAAAGAAAUUGCCUUAUGUGCUUAAAAGUAAAGAGGAUUUGAAAAGGGAGUUGCAAAAGCUAUGGGAUCGAGUAGAUUCACGUGAUUUUAGGCCGUACAUAGAGCGUUUAACUUGUAAGAUUGAAGAUGUGAUUGCUGUCCGAGGUUUAGCUACUAUUCAUUAA